ACAAACCUUCAAUGGCUCCCCUAAACCGACAAAAAUGUCAUAAUAACAUAAGAUAAUUUCAUAUUGUCCAACUAGGGAACCGAGACAAAAAAGAAGAAGAAAAGAACAGACUGAGAAACGGCCAGCAGCAUCAUUUAUACUCUUGCAAUCGCUGGGGAAUAGUCCUCUUUUCCAAAAGCUCGAGCUCCGUUCCCCACUGGAACGAUGGCACCCGAACGUAAGAUCGAGCUGGGCUCCGUCCUCGUUGUCGGCGGUUGCGGUUUUCUAGGCACGCAUAUUGUCGACCACCUCUUGAACUUCCCUUCUGAAGAUUCUGGCUCCACGUCUCGCAUCACCGGUGCCAACGGCGAGCCCGAUAAACGGUUCUCAUACCCCCAGCUCCGAGGCCGGUACCCGAUCUACAAGAACACGAAGGUCUCUGUUGCUGACCUGCGCACGACCAACAAUCGGCUCCCCGGCGCGGACUAUUAUGAUGCUGAUGUGCUAUCCAUCGAAUCCCUACUCGAAGUGUUCCGCGCCGUUAAGCCCGAUGUUGUGAUUGACACUGUAUCGCUUAUGCUGGAAGGGAAUAAGGAGUUGAUCUACAAUGUGAAUGUGAAUGGAACGAGGAACCUGUUAGAAGUUGCUGGAGGGAUGAGAGGAGACUGGGGUGGGAAGUGUAAAGCUUUCGUGUAUACCAGCUCUUCGUCUGUGGUGCACGAUACGACGAGCGACUUGAUACACGUUGAUGAACGAUGGCCGAAGAUUACAGGCAAGCUGCAGCAAGAGUACUAUACAGAGACCAAGGCGAUCGCCGAAGAUAUGGUUCUAGAUUUCAACGGCACCUCACCCUCUGGCAUGCUUACGGUUGCCAUCCGCCCGGCAGGCAUUUAUGGCGAGCGUGACACCACGCUUACCUUCAAGAUGGUCGAACACGCCGCCAAGUCAUCCCAGCGGAUCCUCAACUUCCAACUCGGCGACAACAACAACCUCUUCGAUUUCACAUACGUCGGCAACAUCGCCUACUCCCACAUGCUGGCAGCCGAGCUUCUCCUCGAGACCAAGAAGCGCACUGAAGCUGGCGCAGCCGCACCCCUCGAUUACGAGCGGGUUGACGGUGAAGCCUUCAAUAUCACGAAUGACAGCCCAGUGUACUUCUGGGAUAUGGCACGGACAAUCUGGGCACUGAUGGACCGCUAUGUCGAGCCUCACCAGGUAUUUGAGUUAUCGGAGAGUACGUUGACCGUGGUCGGGGGUAUACUUGAGACGGUGUUUGGCUUGUUUGGGAAGAAACCGCGCCUGACAAGACGAGAGGUCAGAUAUUCGUGCAUGUCGAGAUACUACUCGUGCAACAAGGCCAAAGUGCGGCUGGGCUACCGGCCGAUUGUUCGUCUUGAUGAGGGCGUGGCGCGGGCAGUUGGUUAUCUUUUGGAGAAAGAUAGUAAUCUACGAGCGAAAAAGGAGUUGUAGGGAUUUGGUCGGCAUGUACUCCGUACACAUAAUGUACCGUGUAAUGAGUCCUUUUUCUUUCUCCUUUUCUCCUUUUCUCCUUUUCUCCUUUUCUUCUCUUGUUUUCUUGUUUUUAUAUACUUUUCUUUUCGAUCAUCCGGCAAGCUGGCGGCCAAAACGGCCCAGUUCUGGAGCCGCUUUCGGCCCUCAGCUCGCCAAAACUUUUCUCCAUGCACUCUCUCAAGUACCAUCCAUCCAUGGCUCUCUUGAACGACGUGUUCUGAAUAUCUUACUGAGAACAUUCAGCAAAUUAGAUACGUAGCACAGUGCCAUGGCUUGGCGA